AUGAGGAAUAUAUUGAUAGCUCUGACUGUUGGAGUGAAGAUAGUGAAGAAUAGCUUGAUGUAGAUCUUUGUAAGGGGAGUAGAUCUACCUUCUAGAAGUAAAAGCAAAAAAGUUAGGUAUGAUGAAGAUUGUGAGGUGGCUGUUUUUGAGCUUGGAAUGGUCUUUGAUGGUGUAACACAAUUUAGAAAGGCUCUAGCAGACUAUGCUAUAGAAUAUAGGAGGCAGUUGAAGGUAAGACCAAAUGAUAGCCAUAGGGUGAGGGCUAAGUGUAAAAAUACCAAGUGUAAGUGGGUGUUGGCAGCUAAGCUUGAUAGGGACACAGGUGAUUACCUAUCAUCCCAUUCACAAGUGUAUUCCUUUGAACAAAAACAAGAUGUGCACUUCUAAGCUAAUAGCAAGGAAGUUUAAGGACAGAAUUGUUUCUCAACCUUACAUAAGGAUAUGGGAAAUUUAGGAAUUGGUAAGGGACAAGCUUGGUCUUUAUGUUGGUAGGACUGUUUGCCACAGGGCAAAACAGAGGGUUAUGAUAGAAAAUAUGGGUGACUGGAAUCUGGAAUUUUCCAGAUUAUGUGACUAUGCUGACAUGAUCAAGCAAACCAAUCCAGGAAGUAGUUGUUGGGUUAAAAUUGAUAAGGAGACUGAACCUGGGAAAUUUUUUUUUGUGUACUUCUAUGUGUGCUUCUAGGCAUUUAAGCAAGGCUGGUUGGAUGGGUGCAGAAAAAUAAUAGGAUUCGAUGGUUGUUUUCUGAAAGGACCUUGUAAGGGUGAGCUAUUGGUAGCUGUGGGCAAGAAUGGGAACAACCAAAUGUAUCCUAUUGCCUGGGCAGUGGUGGAUACAGAGACUAAACAUAGCUGGAAUUGGUUCAUAAAGUACUUGAUUGCUGAUCUGAAUUUGGGAAAUGGUGAAGGGUUGACUGUAAUGUCAGACAUGCAAAAGGGACUUAUUCCUGUCUUAUUGGAGCUGCUGCCAAAUGCUGAGACAAGGAGAUGUGCUAGACAUGUUUGGAGUAAUUGGCACAAAGAGUGGAGAGGAGAAGAAAGAAGGAAGCAGUUUUGGAGAUGCUCUAAGGCUAGCUUUGAAGUCAAGUUUAAAGAGGAGAUGGAUAAAAUGGCCAAAUUGGGUAAGCCCAAAAUAAUGGAGGAUUUUAUGCAUUAUGAGCCUUUUUACUUUUUGUAGGGCAUAUUUCAAGUUUCAUUCCAAGUGUGAUGUUGUGGAAAAUAACAUGUGUGAGACUUUUAAUUCUUGGAUCUUAGCUGCUAGACAUAAAUCUAUUAUCACCAUGUUAGAGGAAAUUAGGCAUAAAAUGAUGAAUAGGCA